AUGUCUCAGGGUCAGGAAAUUAAGUGUUGCACACAGGAACAACACCAUGAGAGUGAGAUCCAGGGCCUGGAGGCUGCACAGGCCUCUGAGGUUAUGGAGGAGAUCUUUCCCUCCUCCUCCCAUCCUCUAGUGCCUGGCAACCUAGAGGAGGCUGUGGUUGCUGGGACACACAGUACUCCCCAGAGUCCUCAGAGUACCUAUACAUCUUCCACUGGCAUCACAGCCACCUCAUCCAGCAGCCAAGAAGAGGAUAGUUCAGCUUCUUCACAGUCAGAUGAGAGCUCCAGCAGCCAAGAGGAGGAGGAUAGUUCAGCUUCUUCAGAGUCCCUGUCAGACACUGAGAACUUGCUGUCAGACCCUCUAGAGGAGAAGGUGUCUUUGUUGGUGCAGUUCUGGCUGCAUAAGUAUCAAAUGAAAGAGCUGAUCACAGAGGCAGACAUGAUUGAUGUUGUUAUCAAAGAGUACAGGGAUAACUUCCUUGAGAUCUUCAGGAGAGCCUCUGAGCGCAUAGAGCUGGUCUUUGGCAUUGAUGUGAAGGAAGUUGACCCCACUAGCCACAGCUAUGCCCUCGUCAACAAACUGGACCUCACCUAUGAUGCGAGUCUCAGUGGUGAUGAGGGCGUGCCCAAGACCAGCCUCCUGAUAAUUAUGCUGGGCGUGAUCUUCAUGAAGGGCAAUCACGCCACUGAGGAGGAGAUCUGGGAAAUGCUGAAUAUGAUGGACUUAUAUUCUGGGAGGAAGCACUUCAUUUUUGGGGAGCCCAGGGAGUUCAUCACCAGAGAUUUGGUGCAGGAGAAGUACCUGGAGUAUCGACAGGUGCCUGACAGUGAUCCUCCACGCUAUGAAUUCCUGUGGGGUCCAAGAGCCCAUGCUGAAACCAGCAAGAUGAAAUUGCUGGAGUUUUUGACCAAGAUCCAUGGGUCUGACCCCACUUGCUUCCCAACCCAGUAUGAGGAAGCUUUGAGAGAUGAAGCAGAGAGAGCCCAAGCCAGAGUUGCAGCCAGGGCUGGCACUACUGCCACGGCCAGAGCAAGUUCCAGUGCUAGUCCAGCAGCUUCUCCCUCCCCUAGUGAAGUCUGA